UUUGAACAAACUUUAUUGGUUCAGAACGUGUCGCUCAAGAGUGACGCUGAGGAUGGGCGGAGCUUACAGAGUAAUGGCGUCGCAAAGGCCUAUUCCUUCUCAGUUAUCGAAACCGCCGAGUUCGCGGGCCCAGCCUGCUUCAGCCCCAAUUAGGAUUGUAUUCUGACACUUCUGGUCAUUUCGCGCCUCUGACAGCUCGAGUGCAGCUUCUUUGUGACUUCGGGCAGAAUUCUUGCGAUAAAGGCCUCGCGGCCUCGGCCUCAGGUAAAUGGCGCGUCCCGACAAGCUUUGCAAGAUGGUUCCCUGGUGCUUCUCUACUUCAGUUUAAACUAUACAGAGUCGUCUUCUCUUACACAGGCCUUCCCCUCAGUAUUAACAGGAGAGCCGACGUCACCCGAAAUAAGACAGACUGGUUACAGUGUUCUGCAUGAUAACUGGAGAUUGAGGAAAGAGCUCCGCAACCAAUUAAAUAUCAGACCCAUGUUUUUUUGUAUCAUUUAUACCUGCAACUGGUGUGUGAUCAGCUGGGGUUUCUUCUAGCGUGCAAGCCUAGUUGUGUGAAGCAACCUCACUAAAGGGGGCACAGGAUGGCAUCUGUGCCGGUUUAUUGUCUUUGCUGCCUGCCCUACGAUGUCACACGUUUCAUGAUUGAAUGCGAUGUCUGCCAAGACUGGUUUCAUGGAAGCUGUGUUGGAGUGGAGGAGGAAAAAGCAUCUGAAAUUGACCUAUAUCACUGUCCGAACUGCCAGAUAACUCAUGGACCAUCUGUUAUGAAACGUCGACGUGGGAAUUUAAAGCAGGAUCUACACUUGAGCAAAGACAUUGGGAAGCCAGUACAGACAGGAAGUGCAAACUUUAUCAAGGAGCUGAAAAGUAGAAAUUUCCCAAGUGCAGAGGAAAUCGUCCUAAAGCCCCAGGGUGCCCAGUUGACAGUGGAAUACUUGGAGGAGAACAGUUUCAGUGUCCCAAUUCUAGUGCUGAAGAAAGAUGGGUUAGGCAUGACGCUUCCUGCUCCAACCUUCACAGUCAGUGAUGUGGAGUACUAUGUGGGUCCUGAGAAAGAGAUCGAUGUGAUAGAUGUGACGAGGCAAGCUGAUCUGAAGAUGAAACUGAAAGAUUUUGUGAAAUAUUAUAACAGCCCCAAAAGGGAAAAGGUUCUCAAUCUGAUAAGCCUUGAAUUUUCAGAGACAAGACUCUCUAAUCUAGUGGAGACUCCAAAGAUUGUACGAAAGUUAUCCUGGGUAGAAAACCUGUGGCCAGAGCAGAGUGUUUUUGAGAGGCCUAAUGUCCAGAAAUACUGUCUCAUGGGUGUUAAGGACAGUUACACAGAUUUCCAUAUUGAUUUUGGGGGCACCUCUGUCUGGUAUCAUGUCCUUAAAGGAGAAAAAAUAUUUUACCUUAUCCAACCGACCAAAACCAACCUGGCCCUUUUUGAGUGCUGGAGCAGUUCCUCCAAUCAGAAUGAAAUGUUCUUUGGAGAUCAAGUGGAUAAAUGCUACAGAUGCCCAGUCAAACAGGGACAGACCCUUUUCAUCCCCACAGGAUGGAUACAUGCAGUGCUGACACCAGUUGACUGCUUAGCCUUUGGAGGGAACUUUCUGCACAGCCUAAGCAUUGCUAUGCAGCUCAGAGCUUAUGAGAUUGAAAAGCGAUUAAGCACCGCUGACCUCUUUAAAUUCCCAAACUUUGAAACCAUCUGUUGGUACGUGGGGAAGCAUUUACUAGACACCUUCCGUGGUUUGCGAGAGAACAGAAGACAGCCAGCAUCGUACUUGUUGCAUGGAGCCAAGGCACUUAAUACAACAUUCCGAGCCUGGACCAAGAAGGAGGCAUUGAUGGAUCACGAAGAGGAAAUUCCUGAGACCAUUAUUACUUCCCAGCUUAUUAAAGACCUAGACCGGGAGAUUCGACUAAUGGAGGAUAUCUUCCAUCAAAACAUAGAGAAAACUGGAAAUCUCAUGGGUCUAACUAGAAGCCCCGGUGCUCCAUCCACAUCGAAAGCAGCUGUUCCAUUCAAGGGCAGUAAUAAGAAGGGUGGUAGAGCAAACCAAAUGAUUAAAAAAGGAGGAAGGAAAGGCAGAGAAACAGAGGCUGACAUGAGUCCAGAACAACCAGGCACUCCUACAGGCCAGCAUCACAAGACAUUUGGAACUCCAGUGAAGGAGACUGAAGAUACAGCCCUAGAUCUUGAAGAAAAGCCAGAUAUCGGCUUGCUGGAUGGAGAGAUAGCAGACAGUAAACUGAGGCUGAUGAUGGCUAACGGUUCCAAUGUAAGUGGCAAGAAGGAGCGUGUAGGAGCUGGAAGUAGACGCCAAGCAGCUGCAAAUAAACACAUAAAAAAGGAACAGUUACAGGGAGAUCUGUCCGCUGGGGAUCCAUUCCUUCUAGAUUCUGAGGAUGACUUGCAAAUUGAUGAGACUCCUCGCAAAGAGAAAAAAGUAGCUCUGACAAAGAAAAAGCUACACAAGUUUCCACGAAAACUACCAAGAGCAAAGCCAUGUUCAGACCCCAACAGAGUGCGUGAGCCUGGGGAGCUUGAAUUUGAUGUAGAGGAAGACUACACCACGGAUGAUGAAAUGGCUGAAGGUGAUGGUGACCAACUUGGAGCCAGCAGUGGGGGAAUAUUAGACUUAUUGAAAGCUAGCCGGCAGGUUGGAGGUCCUGAAUAUUCUGAAAUCGAUGAAGCCCCUGCCUCUCCCAGCACACAGGAGGCAAUCCAGGGUAUGUUGUGCAUGGCCAAUCUUCAGGCCUCCUCAUCUUGCACACCUUCCAGCAUUCAAGCUUGGUGGGCAGCUGGGCAGGAGAGUGGCACGGUAGCUGGAGCAUUGCAGGGGAACACUAAGACUGCUGGGAAUAAGAGCAGUGGCAAUGGGACCAGCACCGGAAACAGCAAAGUCCUCUUGAGACCUGGAAAGAGGCCUGUGAAAAGACCAGCACACCGCAGCAUGGACAGUAAUGAUGAGGAUAGCAGUGAUGAGCAGGAGACUCUGGGGGCCUGCUUUAAGGAUUCAGAAUACAGGGGAGAGUGGCCUGGCCAGAAGACAAGCUGGAAGCAGAGAUUCACGCUUUACCCUUCACUGGAGUCUGACGAUGAUGAUCCCGCAUUGAAAUCACGUGCUAAGAAAAAGAAGCAGACAGAUGAUGCUCCGUGGAACCCUAAAGCCCGUGUCACUCCGACACUCCCCAAACAGGCUCGGCCGGUGCGCGAGGGGACACGUGUAGCAUCUGUUGAGACGGGACUUGCUGUGGCUGCUGCAAGACUUUCCCAGCAAGAACAGCAGAAAUCUCAGAAGAAAAAGGUAACCAGCAAAAAGAAACCGGUCAGCGAACCCGAGCCACCGCUUUUACCAUCAGAACCUGAGCCUCCCCCACUGGAAUCUCAAACAGAGGUCUUCUCUGGAAGUCUUGUUGAUCAUGAAUACACUGCGGGUCCAAAUAUAUUUGGCAUGGCUCAAGUGAACCGUGGAACUACACCAAUGGCACCAGGAGUCUUUCUGACGCAGCGGCGGCUUUCAGCAUCUUCACCAGGAAGUCCAGCAAUGCAGGUUCCAGGAAAACGGCCUAAGAAGGGCUUGGCCACAGCUAAACAACGCCUGGGAAAGAUCCUCAAGAUUCACCGGAAUGGAAAGCUGCUUUUGUUGUGACCUGCAAAUCUCUCAGGCAUUUGUCUAGUAGCCCAUUCUCAUGGCACUAGCAGACAAAAAGAAAUGAUGAUGGAGAAAGGAGGGCCCAAAAAAGGGUUCAGACUUGGAGCUUGGACUUAUUUUUUUUAUAAAUAUAUAUCUGCCAUCAGCAGCAAACAGAUCAUCUUUUACACACAAAAGACUAGGAAAAAAAACAGACUGGACUGUGCUGCAAGCAAAGCAGCACAUAUAUGGCCAUAAUAUGGUAACUGACAAAUGCAAGUCUCUUCCAGCCACUGUUCCUUCAUUGGCCUCAUCCUCCUCGCCCUUUAAACCACAUUUUUUAAAUAUAUAUGUAUGUAAGCAGGGUAUCUUUUAAAAGGAUAGCAGAAAAAGUUAAGAGGGGCUUUGAUCGCAAGACAUUACUAGGGUAGUUGAGAUGCAAAGCUCAAAAUCUUUUUCAACAUAUUCAAUUUGAAAAAGGUUAAUGUUAAUAGCUCAGGUUUGGCAAAAUCCGAAUUUAGCACCAGAUAUGCCGCCUUUAUUUCAAACCUAAACGGCAAUAUGUUUUUUCUGUUUCUCCUCUUGUUUAAUGUCUUUUAUAGUCAAUUUUCUGUGACAGGUUUAUUUUACAGAGCCA